CAAAGGACUGUAACGAAGGGCUGCUUGCGACUCGCCUCGUUUCUCAUUUCGCUCCUUCUUACGAUUAGCUCCGGCGCAUCUGCUCCUCUCCUGUCCCAGGGUUCCAGGUGGGCCGAUCCAUGGGCGUGGAGUUGUCCGUCGUCGUUUCUCCUUUCUCGUGGAGUUCGCCACGAGUCCGUCGUAGUACGUUCGACAGAUUCGUGGCGGUGUAUCACAGUCGCUCCAUCGUCUUGAAUCCUGAUUUUCCGAGGCCUGUCAUCCAGUUCGGAUCGAACGACUCGCCGACGAUGCAGUCCAUCUGCGAUCACAUGGGUAGUAUACGGACUUGAUGAGACGCGGUCUGCUUGAGAAUCUCGAUUCAACGAGCCGUAAACCUCUGAAAGUCCUGCGUUCAUCGCAGCUUCCCUUUCGUUCUUUUCACAGUCCUUUUCAAUAGCCGCUGAAAGUACAAAAUUCAUUUACAAAAAAGUUUAGUGGAGUAAUAACCUACCCUUUUGUUCGAGUAACAUAUCCUGUGUGCAUUUGGUGAUAGCAUUCUGUAGGGUACAAAAUGACGAGAACUCGAUGUCAUCCAGGUUGACGGCGAUCAGAGCCUCGUUCCCGUCAGGGCGUAAAUCACCGUCCUCAUGUCUGCAGAUGCCCUCCUUGAUGUGGAAGUUUGCUAUAAAGGGCGUCGCAAACCGUGCUCGACAUUCGCGACAUUCAUAA